AUGUGUAAAACACCAUCAAGUGAAUUAAUCGAAUAUAAUUAUGGUCAAGAAAAACUAAAUGGAAAUCCAUUAAACAUAGUAAUUGCUGCAGGGCCAUUUACUUUUAACAAUGGAUUUGAAUACGAGCCUUUCAAAGAGCUACUUUCCAAGGUGAAUCAGGACAAACCUGAUCUGUUAAUUUUGUUAGGGCCAUUUGUGAGUGAAGACCACCUUCUUUUAAAAGAAGGAAAGACUUCCAAAACACCUGGCGAAAUCUUUAAAGAAUGUAUUAUUGAUGAAUUAUGUAAAGUAACUAAUGUAUCCAUUGUUUUGGUUCCAAGCACCAAGGAUUUAUUUCAUCCAUUUGUUUUUCCGCAAUCACCAUUCCCUAAGCACGUAUUAUCGAAGAAUGUCAUUUGUGUGUCAAACCCUGCUCAAUUCCGAGUAAAUGAGAUAACAUUUGCUAUUGAUAAUGUUGAUAUUUUAUUUCAUCUUAUGAAUAAUGCAAUUGAGAGAAUUGAUGGAAAUGCAAAGCCUGGUUUAGAUCGAAUGGGAAGACUAUCGCGUCAUAUAUUGACGCAAAGACAUCUUUAUCCAUUAUUUCCUACGUAUGAAGAAGUAAAUCUUGAAUUCAAGAAAUCUAGUUACCUUGAACUACAACAAUUACCUGAUGUCCUAAUUCUUCCUUCAAAAUUAAAAUCUUUUGCAAAGGUUGUUGAAAAUGUUAUUUGUAUUAAUCCUGGUUAUCUUUCAAGAGAUGAAUCUGCUGGGACAUAUGCAAAAAUGACUAUACAUCCUUUACCAAAAACACUUAUAAAAGAAGAUCAAUUAAUAGAAAACUCG